ACUUCCGGGAGGCGGCGGCCCGGCGGGAAGAUGGCGGCGGCACUGGCUCCCCCCGCCCCGGCGCCGGCCCCCGACGGAGGCCCCCCGCCGCCGCCGCCCCCGCCGCCGCCCCCGCCGCCGCACGAGAUCAAGAGCCAGUUCCGCACCCGCGAGGGCUCCUACCGGCUGCUGGGCGCGCCCGAGCCGCGCGCCCGCCCCGCCGCGCCCGCCGGAGGAGCGCCCGCCGGCGCCCCCAGCGCCGCCCCGGCCCCGCCGCUGCCGCCCUCCGCAGCCCCCGGCGGAGGCUCCGCGCCGCCCGCCCCGUCGCUGCCCCCGGUGCGCCUCUCGCUGGUGCGUCUGGGGUUGUCGGGAGGAGGGGGCGACCCGUGCGGGGACGGAGAGCUGGGCGCGCUGGCCGCUGAGCGGAGCCGCGUCUGCUUCAACCUGGGCCGGGAGCUCUACUUCUACUCGGGCUCCGGGGGCGCGUCCGGGCGGGGACGCAGGUCCAUCGACCUGAAGAAACCCAUUGACAAGCGGAUCUAUAAGGGGACGCAGCCCACUUGCCAUGACUUCAACCAGUUCACGGCCUCUUCAGAAAGCAUCUCCCUGUUGGUUGGCUUCUCAGCCGGGCAAGUGCAAUACUUGGAUCUUAUCAAGAAAGAUACCAGUAAGCUAUUUAACGAGGAGAGGCUAAUCGACAAGUCAAAGGUCACCUUUGUGAAGUGGAUCCCCGAGACAGACAGUCUCUUCCUGGCUUCCCACGCCAGUGGGCACCUGUACCUGUACAACGUGGAGCAGCCCUGCGGCUCGACCUCCCCCCAGUACACCCUCCUCAAGCAAGGCGAGGGCUUCACAGUCUACGCCUGCAAGGGCAAGAGCGCCCGUAACCCACUCCUGAAGUGGGCAGUCGGUGAAGGGGCGCUGAACGAAUUUGCCUUCUCGCCCGACGGCCGCUACCUGGCAUGCGUCAGCCAAGACGGCUGCCUGCGCGUCUUCCAUUUUGACUCCAUGCUCCUGCAGGGGAUGAUGAAGAGCUACUUCGGGGGCCUGCUCUGCGUCUGUUGGAGCCCCGAUGGACGCUAUAUUGUGACGGGGGGCGAAGACGACCUGGUGACGGUUUGGUCCUUUGCGGAGGGCCGGGUCAUCGCCCGGGGCCAUGGCCACAAGUCGUGGGUCAACGCGGUGGCUUUUGACCCCUACACCACCAGCACUGAGGAUGGAGAGAGCGGGGAGCUCAGUGGGAGCGACGAGGACCUCCAAGACUCUGCGGAUUUCAGGCGGGUGCGGACCAGCAGCACUCUGUCCCACCUGUCCAAGCACAGCGCCAAAAGCAGCCCCUCGGUGACCUACCGCUUUGGUUCUGCGGGGCAGGACACCCAGUUCUGCCUUUGGGAUCUCACGGAAGACAUCCUGUACCCCCACCACCCACUGCCCCGGGCCCGGACGCUCACCAACACCUUCGGCGCCGGCAUCCCUCCCUCGGGCAGCGGGGGGAGCAACCUGGCCGCCGAGUCGGGGGGCGGGGCCCUUCCGCGCUCCCUGUCGCGCUCCAACAGCCUGCCGCACCCGGCCGUUACCGGUGCCACCAAAAGCCACGUGGGGGACGGGGCAGUGCCCUUCAGCAUCGGCAAGUUUGCCACCCUCACCUUGCAGGAGCGGCGCGACAAAAACACUGAGAAGGAGCACAAGCGCUACCACAGCCUGGGCAACAUCAGCAAGAGCAGCGACAAGCUCAACAUGGUGCCGAAAAGCAAGCUGGACACGGCCAAGGUCUUGGGCACUGCCCUGUGCCCCCGCAUCAACGAGGUCCCCCUGCUGGAGCCGCUGGUGUGCAAGAAGAUCGCCCAUGAGAGGCUGACCGUGCUGCUGUUCCUGGAGGACUGUAUCAUCACUGCCUGCCAGGAAGGGCUGAUCUGCACCUGGGCCAGACCAGGGAAAGUGACCCUGAGUUCCCAGAACGGUGGCUCUCCAAGCGGCACCAUAGUGUAAUCAGCACUGACUCGCGCUCAGCUGACCUCCUAGCAGGUGUUUCCGGUUCCUUGCUCAAUGGAGUAAAUUUGGCCAAGAUGGGAAAGUGUUCUGACUUUUUCCACGCGUGUACAGGUUGUUUCUUCCCUCCCUCGCCUGUGAAACCUGACUGUACGGAAACAGGGAUCCUAACUUUAACCUCCCGAGACCAACGUAGCGCAGGGCUCUCUGCACCUCUCGGCUGUUUAAAAGUAUCGAUUAACAAACUAUA